GUCGAAACAGAAAAAAAAAAAUUGAAGUGUUUUUCAAUGCAGUCAUUCCCUUUGAGUGGUUAGAGUUUUAUGACACUUAAACAACGAGCCACUCAAAGAGGGAAGAUGAAAUCAAUAGGGUCAUGGAUCAUAACCUAUCACAGAUCAGUGUCAAAAACAUCGACGUCAUUUGGUGAAAACCAAUGGCUGCGCUUUUCUGCUGGGUGGUUUUUUUGUUGUUGUUUAUUGUUUGGGCCCAAUUUCCCGAAGUGACUUUAUUGUUGGAGGGGGAAAAACUGUCCAAUUAUCGUGCAUUAACAUGACAACCGUAUUGGAAAGUGCUGAAUUUAUUGCCAAGCACAGUGAACAUGUUCACAUUCCGUUAGAGAAUAUUGACAGUGCAGCUGAAAAGAUUUUGGAAAGCAUGAAAACCCGGGUCUACAGCACUAAAACUUGGAACGAACAUGUACUCCAUCCCAAAAUUGCCAACAAAGAUACGGUUGAUUGGAUUUUCUUAAUUGAUCUGUUAAACUUCUCAUUUUGGAGCGACUUGGACGUGGCCGAUCAAUCCACUCCGCAUCCGGAUCGGUACGCAGUUCAGUACAAUGACCGACGUUACACUGGUUAUUGGUCACUUUGUGCUGCGAUCAAUCGAGCUUUGGACAAAGGAAUUCCAGUGACUCAACCGGCUUGGUAUCGGGAUGCUUCCGAUGAGGAUCUCAAGGCUGUAUUCGAAUCUGAUACCAAGGAAACCAUUCCAUUACCCCAGGAACGCAUCCGGUUAAUGCGAGAAGCAGGUCAUGUUUUAUGUGAGAGAUUUAGUGGAUCAUUUGUGAACUGUAUUGAACAAGCGCAAGGCUCAGCACAAACGCUAUUAGCGAUAAUUCUUGAUCAUUUUCCCUCUUUUCGGGAUAUCCAUGAAUUCCACGGCCGAAAAGUCUAUAUUUUGAAGCGUGCCCAAAUUCUGAUUGCGGACUUAUGGGCCUGCUUCGAUGGACAAAGUUACGGCUAUUUUAACGACAUUGAUACCAUUACCAUUUUUGCCGACUAUCGUGUACCACAGGCACUGUAUCAUUUAGGCGUUUUACGGUAUUCAUCGGAUCUGCUGGCCAAGCUCGAGAAGUAUGAACGGCUACCAAGCGGUUCGCCCGAUGAGGUGGAGAUCCGCGGCAAUUCUAUUUGGUCAGUGGAACUGAUCCGUCGGCGUAUCAAGGAAUUGCACCCCCACACCCAUAUCAAUGCGAUCUUGCUGGAUUUCUAUAUUUGGGAUCACGCAAAGGAGAUACAGGACGAUAUGAUCGUCCCAACUCAUCGCACGCGCUCUCAUUUUUAUUAGACUGCAUCUAUUAACUUUAGAACUUGCAAACCAUGACCAACUUCAACAUCUGGUUUUCAAAGUCCCCAUGAAAAAACCCAAAUCACAGCUUGUAUUAAAGCGUUACACAAUGCAUAUCAUUGAUUGACACGAGUUCAACGCUUACGCGGCAUGUGUCUAGCGUUCUGCAAACGAAUAUAAACAUUUUUUUUUACUUUGAUGAAAC